AUGAGCGAUUUGGGCUUUAAACGUAUACGCGAUUUUAAUUUGGCAUUGUUGGCAAAACAAGGUUGGCGUAUUUUAACCCAACCCGAAUCCUUGGUAAGCAAGUUACUUAAAGCCAAAUAUUUUCCAGCAGGUGAGUUUAUGGAAGCAUCUGUAGGCACGAACCCGAGUUAUUUUUGGCGAGGAAUUGUGGCAGGACAGGAAGUCUUGAGACGUGGUUUGGCACGGAGAAUUGGGGAUGGUAUGGACACGAAGAUUUGGGGAUGGAACUGGCUUGCUAGUUCGUCCGGUACAGGUUUACAUACGCCAUGCAUUGAUGAGCUCAAGGAGGCUAGAGUACAAGGCCUGCUGAACGAACAGGGCGAAUGGGAGGAAGGGGUGAUACAGGAUCUGUUUCAAUCAGAGGAUGUACACAGAAUCCUCUCGACCCCUAUAAGCAAAGUUUACAAGGACUCUUGGCGUUGGAUCGGUGAUGCUCGAGGCUGCUACACGGUGAAACAGGGUUACUGUGUGCUCACGGAUCAGCUAGAAGUCCGCGAAAAUUUGAAAUUAAAGAGAAUCUGGAUUGGAGGCAGGUGUCCGUUCUAUGGCUCCCCCUUCGAAACAACUGAGCAUAUUUUUGGUGAAUGCAGCUAUGCUACAAGCUUGUGGGGUGCGAACGACGUGCUACAUGGACAGAACUUUCCAACAAUGAUGGAAGCCAUUCUGGGGAAGUCGAACGCAUUGCAGGCUUGCAAGUUGGCAGCCAUCGUGUGGACACUAUGGAACGCACGAAAUGCGAUCGUUUGGCGUCAAGCAAAUCCAUCGGUAGCGGAGCUUAAUGUGCCGGUCACAAACACGCAGCAAGUUUGGCAGGAGACGUACGCAGCUCAUAACCCCACUGACGGAGCAGGUUACGGGGCUGUUCUGCGCGAUCAUACUGGUGGUUUUGUUGCGGCGAGGAAUGGCCGUAUUAGCCACAUUCAUGAACCACUCCAGGCUGAGGUUCUUGCGGUUUAUGAAGCUCUCAAAUAG